CGCGUGUCGGUUCGGCUCCUUAUGAAUGGAAUGCUGAAGUUUCUGUAGUCAGUGCAGCCGGUGAGGUGACGUCACCCGCGGUCACCAGGCAGUGCAGUCUAUGGUGUGAGCUCGUGGACCCCCAGCUGGAGGAGUGGGGAGGAGGUCCUACAUCACCCCCCAUGCUCCUGUGACAGUGUGAGCUGCAGGGGGAAACCUGACUGUUAGAGGAGUUUUAUCACUGUUUGGACUUUGAACGCACCAUCGGAAUAUAACGGGACUACUUAACUUUGACCUAAACCUCGAGAAUAUCUCUCCUCCCUGUUGUAGGAUUGUGUUCUUUUUUGUUGGAUUUAUUUCAGGAAAGCUGAUUGUCCAUUACACGGUAGCUGGAGUCGUCCUCCUGAGGGAGAACACACACAUUCACCGUGAGGAGACUUUGGCUACACUCCACAAACUCCCCCACCCCUCCCUCCUCCCUCCUCCUCCCCUCCUCUCCCCCAUCCUGACUCAGAGGGAGAGAAAGUGUGAGAGAACCGCGAAGAGCGAGGGAACGUGGGAAAGAGGAAGACGAUGUACCAAACGCUGCUCCUCUUCUCCUCCCUCUUCAUCCUUCAUGUGAUGGGCACCACGCAGUUCUUCGCUCACCACGGGAGGAGGGUGUGCGGCCAAGACCUCAGUCACAGUGUUGUCAUGGCAACAGAGUCGUACGUCCAGCCAGUGCACAAGCCCUACAUCACUCUGUGUCAGGGGCAUCGCCUCUGCAGCACAUACAAAACUGUGUACUCUGUGGCGUACCGGCAGGUGAGCAGACCAGCGCCAUCAUCACGUUUCUACCCAGAGUGCUGCCCAGGCUGGAGGAGGUUCCACUCUAACAACUGCAACCAAGCUGUGUGUGGACAACCCUGUGUGAAUGGAGGUACCUGCUUAAAACCCAACCAGUGUGCGUGUCCGCUAGGCUGGACCGGACACCAAUGCCAAACAGAUGUUGACGAGUGUAGGAAGCAACAUCCGUGCGCCCAGGAUUGUGUGAACACAGCUGGCAGCUAUCGAUGUGCGUGCGGAGACGGCUUCAUGCUCACGGGAGACGGCCAUUCCUGUCAGGGCCUUCCUCCUCCUCCUCCUCGUGCCACUCCUCUGUCUCCCAACCAGGCAACAGUGGGUGGUCACACAGAUGCGGGUGGAGGGUUUAAGCUAGCAGAGAAUGUGACGGAGGAGGUACAGAGCCUGAGGAACAGAGUGGAGCUCCUGGAAAAGAAGUUGCAGUUGGUGUUGGCCCCCUUCAGCAGCUUCUUCCCCCUGUCCCUGGACGAGGGCUUCUCAGAGAAAACCACCUUACUGUCCCACUCCUUCCAGCAGCUGGACCGCAUCGACUCCCUCAGCGAGCAGAUCGGCUUUCUGGAGGAGCGCCUCGGCACAUGUUCUUGCCAGGAGAACUAACAACAAAACAUCUCCAAUCAAGAUAAUAAUGAAACAAAUCUACCAGAGAUCAUCUGUACCAAGAUGGCAGAAAGAACAAAAAACAACCCUCAGUUCUUGUUUUGUCAUGCUGCAAUCAUCGCACAAAUCAUCUGUUAUUUUCUUUUUUCCCAAACGGCUCUAUUUACCUUUCUUUACAAAUCACCGUCAAAUUCUUGAUUUUGUAACUGUACCUGUGGCAGGGUCGGUUUCAGCAUGACAUCAUCCCUGUAACAUCUGAAUGAUACCCCUCCGAGGGUCAAAGGUCAAAUUCACUACUUUGUUUCUAUGUUUGUUUUGCAUCAGUGCAGCUGUGUCCUCAGUCCAAGCCCUCACUGUCCGGAGGCAGAUGUGGACAUCUGUAUUUAUCUAUUUAAGUUAUGAUUACUUCUAGGUAUUUCUCAGCGUUCCAGUAGACAUUUGUACCUAGUUUUGUAACGUUUUUUUUAAUAAAAGUCUUAAUCAAAACA